CUGACUCAAAUGGAUACAAUAGGUAGCAGCUAAAAGGAGUGAGUGGAAAUGGAAAGCGUACACUGUACAUAGCUCCUUUACAAGAGCAAAUUGACACCACUCCAUUACCAGCAGAAGCAAAAGAAUUUGAAAACAUGCCCAAAGCCUCAUGCACCAUCUGUAGAAAGAUGGUUCCACUUCAGGCUCUUCCAGUACACAUCAAGAGCUGCAGGAAGGAGAAUAUAGAUCUGUGCAGCACUUCUGAGGAUGAAGCCUUCACCCAGGACCAUUUGCCACCAGUGUGCCCAGAAAACCAGGCAGAGCUGACUGCCGAGUGUCCUGUGUGCAGAGGUGCAUUCGACAUUGAUGUAACUGAGACUCAUGCAUCUGACUGUGGAUUACGGACAGCAGACCAGGAAGGCAAUGGCAGCAUUUUAAGUGAAGCAAUGAAUUCCUUUCAAAGUGACAUCUUCAGUAGAGGAAUGCAACAGUGGCAACGGCAAAAAAAAUCCUCCCCUAAAUUCAGACUGAAAGGUUCUUUUUUUGGGGAAAGCGGCAUUGACACUGGUGCUCUCAGUAAAGAAUUUCUAACAGAAAUGCUUGCUGAGAUUGAAAAGAAACUUUUCCUGGGCAGCACUGACAAGAAAGGGAAGAAUCUGCUGUACUGUCUUAACCGCCUGGAUCACAACUACUUCAGGACUGCAGGAGAAGUUAUAGCGGCUAGUAUGGCACAAGGUGGACCUCUACCCAACUUCAUGUGUGAAUGGUGCUUCAGGUACCUUUGUUCUGGUAAUUCAGACAGCAUACAGGUGUCUACCACCGAUGUCACAGAUUUGGAAUUGUCACAGCUUAUUAUGAAGGUAAACAGAGCAACUGAUGAGAGUAUUAACGAGCUUAUUGAUGACAUCAUAAACUGUGGAUCCACUGGAAGAGUGUCUGUGGGGAAAAAAAGAACUCAUAAUCAGGGCUAUUGUACUGCACUCAGCCAUGAGAGUUGUCCCCAUGCUUGACCAGCUGAGAAAAGGCCUGCAGCUGUAUGACCUGCUGACAGUUAUGAAGACACACCCAGACCUUUGUCUGUCACUGUUUGUUCCAGGGGAAGAUGAUAGGGUAUAUACAUUUGCCUUUGUUAGGUGGUCCCCCAUAAAAUUUUAUUUAGUGCAAACAAUGUAGUGUUGUAGAUCUGCACUCUUUGUGUUUCAUGUUUGUUUUAAGGUGGAUGCAGCCUUUGUCCUGGAAAAAUGUCAACCUGACUUCAGUGAGAAGGGCUCUGUGAAGUACAAUAAAGAAAUAAACAUCAUGAACUUUUUCCAAGACUUCCUACAAGAGAUUGAAGAUUGUGAACAAGGUGGCCGGAGU